CCACAUUUGUUCCGUGAAUGUUUGUCGGGAAACUGGUUUUCACAGUGUUGUUAGGGUUUUAGGCUUUUUUUUUCUUGUUUGUUUUUCCGAAAAGGGGAAGUUUGAUGCUCUCGGAGCGAGAUGAUGUUCUCAAAUGGAUCAGCCUUGGGAGCUCUAUCAUCAGCCUUGAACAAUUAGGACUGAGUUAGUAGUUGUAUACUGUCAAACUUAUUUUUGACUUGUGGUUCGGAAGCCUCCUGGAAUGGAAUUGAGAUUUCAGUCCCUCCUGUUGCUGAAUCUCUUCCAUCUGCUGCUACGAAUCACCUGCAGAACAAGUUCACGAUGCAAUAGCACGAGAGAAAUGUAUCCAGCAUUGGAUGAGAAGAUUGUAACGGGAACUGCUCUGGCUGAUAAAGUGCUUCUCAGGCAAGUUUCUUCUCAGGAGUUUGCAGAGAAGAAGCAUCUUGAGAGCUUCUGGUGUGUGAAUUCUGCCACAGUUCAUCAUCUUGAGAGCAUAUGUAACCUGCUAGUACUGUACAAGAACCCCAAAGAUGGAUGAUCUUAAGAAAGGGAGAACCCUUCUGGAGGUAAUGAAGGGGAAAGGAGCAACAGCUAAUAGCCUAAUUCUUCGGCCUGAACUAGCACAGAAGCCACGAAGCAACUUGGUGGCACAGGAUUUCUAGUAGAUCAUAUACCAAAGCACAUGGCGGGUAAGGUUGCACCAGGUGGAGCCAUAGACUAUUGGUUGGAGAGUGCUGGUUUGGUCAAUGUGAGGGAAGCUGGAGCGAGUGAUCCUUUUUGCUUUCUUGUUUUGAAGUUGAUGGUGCGGGUUUCUAGUUCGGGAUCGUAAAAUGGUCGAGUUGGAUUUCCUUUGCAUUAUGGUAAUUUGGCUGCGAAUGAUGAAGAGCACUCAGCUGCUACGAAUGGUUCAGCUAAUGGUAAUCAUUGGAUUCUAGCACUAACACCACCACUAAUAGCACCGCCAUCGCCGCCGCCACCUGAUGCUGUUAAUCGGGAAAAAGCAGUUUUGUAUCCAGAAAUUUAGACGCCCAAGUGGUCAAUAUCGAUUCCACCAGAUACCUUCAUGGUUGACUGAUGCACUCCCCAUAAAUUUUAAAUUGGUAUUGGAGCAAGUUAAGCUCAAGUUAUCAGCUUAAAGAUCCAUCAUGGGGGACAUGGAAGAAGUAGCCAAUGUUCAACGACCUCCACUCUUGAGGGGACCAAACUAUAAUUUCUGGAUGGGGCGCAUGAAGACAUUCCUCAAAUCACGAGGAAGGGUCUCGAGGAGCAUUGAGACUGGCUGGAAGCCACCUGUGACGACAGUUGAAGGAUCAAAUGUCGGAAUUCUCAAAGCAUUUGAGGAAUACAGCAAAGACGAGGCGGCAGCAGCAGAAUGCAAUGACAAAGCACUAAACGCCUUGUUUGGUG